AUGCAGCCCCUGCACCGCGUCCCGGCGCUGCUGCUGCUGCUCCUGGCCGCCGGAAAUUUGUGCCUCUGCCUUGCCUCCUCCUCGGAGCCAACCACCGAUGGCCUCACAUCAACUUCCCUGCUGGAGUUUGCCAUGAUGUCCCACCUGGAGGCCAUGAAUUCCCAUGAGCAAACCAACCCAGAGGCUGGGGAGCCUGAUCUUGUCCCUGGCUCUCUGCACGCUGCUCCGGGAUCAGGCUUUGCCAGUGAGGAGAAUGAGGAGUCCAAGAUCUUACAGCCCCCACAGUACUUCUGGGAAGAUGGGGGAGAGCUCAAUGACUCCAACCUGGACUUGGGACCAGCAACAGAUUACAGCUUUCCUGCUGCAUCUCAGAAGUCCCUGCUGAAAGGGAAUGGGACACAGGUCAAGGACAACUGGGAAACAGCCACUGUCCAACCACCAGCAGAAUAUGUUGAGCCUGAUUUGCACACGUCUUUCUCUAGCACGCUGGAGGAAGAGGAGGGACUGCUCCCUAUAGACCACUCAAGAGGAGGAGUGGAGAGCCUCCCAACCUCAGAGCCAGAGGUUACAUCAUCUGAACCAGUGGGCCAAGAGGACUCCUUUUCUCUUCUGUUUUCCACAGCUUCUGCCAGGCCAGGUGUUGUGACCGAGGCAGCUCCAGGAGGGCCAGAGGAGGACUCUGUCCCUCCAGGCUUAGACCUUGGGAGCAGCAUGGGACCAGGUCUGCUCCCCGUGUCCUCUAUUUUUUCUACUACCAGCGCUGUCAGGUCUCCCAGUAUUUCAGAAGAGUCCUUUGAGGUGACAGCUGGGGACAUGUGGGCUGUUGGGGGAGCAGAUUCAGAGCUAACUGUGACUACCACAAGAGCAGAGCUUUCAGAGAGUGCUGUGGAGGCUGGUGGGGAAGAACACUCAGCUGGAGAGGAGUUCCCGGAAACCACGGUGGGCUGGGAGAUGCUGGAGCCCACAGUGCUAACUGAAAUGGAGCAGGCUGCAGAAAUGCCUGUGAGGACACCCUCUCCUGGAGGCAGAUUCCCUGACACCCAGACUCUUUCUGGCACUGAGCUGCACCCCACUUCUGCAUCUCAAUGGGACAGGGCUGAGGAGCCUGCACCAGAUUCCAUUUGGAAUGACACCGAGUCAGCCACUGAGACUCUAGCAGCAGAGAGGAGCUUGUCACCACAGGCUGGGGAUGCCCGCAUGGCCAUGUUGCCAACAGAGAUGCCCUGGGACUCAGCACAGGUGAUCUGCAAAGACUGGAGCAACCUUGCAGGGAAAAACUACAUCAUCCUGAACAUGUCGGAUAACAUUGACUGUGAGGAGUUUCGGUUGGAGAGGGGUCCCCAGCUGUUGGCACUGGUGGAGGAUGCCUUCUCCAGACAGGCAGAUGGACUGCAGGACCACUGGCUGAUCUCUCUGAGCAAACCCAAUGAGAAUGAGAAGCACUUGCUGAUGACUCUGGCAGGGGAGCAGGGUGUCAUCCCUACAAAAGAUGUUCUCAUGGCACUGGGGGAUGUUAAGAGGAGCUUAGCUGAGAUUGGCAUCCAGAAUUACUCAACCACUACAAGCUGCCAGUCACACCCCAACCAGACACGCAGUGAUUAUGGGAAACUCUUUGUGGUACUGGUGAUCAUUGGCUCCAUCUGUGCCAUCAUCAUUGUACUGGGGCUCAUCUACAACUGCUGGCAGAGACGCUUGCCCAAGAUGAAGAACAUGUCGCACGGCGAGGAGCUGCGCUUUGUUGAGAAUGGCUGCCAUGACAACCCCACCUUGGAUGUAGCCAGUGACAGCCAGUCAGAAAUGCAGGAAAAGAAGCCAAGCGUGAAUGGUGGAAAAACCAUCAAUGGCCCCGACAGCUGGGAUGUCCUGAUCAGUAAGCAGGCAAGCGAGGAUGUGGAUGUGUUUGAGGAAGACACACAUCUUUAGAAAAAGAAGGGAAGGAACCAACCCCUUAAAUACACUUGUCUCUUUCCUGUCUUGACUAUGGACCAUGGGAUCAGGUCGCUUCUCAGGAACUUCUUAAAGGCUUGAGACAGGUCAAGUGUUUGUGCAAUUUUUCACAAUGGAAGUCCUGAGCACACAUCUGAAGCUUGGAGCCAGGAGGAUCACUGGACAGAGGGAAGCGGGAGGGGUGGGUGUGUAGGUCUUUGUGUGUGUUCCUAUCAGUAGCACCAAUACUUUCAUCAUCUUUAAAUGCACUUACUGUAGCUCUCUGGUAGUGUCUGAGAGUGGCUGGGCUUGAGAAGCAAGGUGGUGAGGCUAAGUCUGCCACCAAGAGUCCAUCUUUGGGGAGUAAAUUCACUUUGGGAGUGCACCUGGAGCUACAGCAGCCAGAUCCUGACCUUGAGAUCAUGUUCAGUCCCUGCAGGUGCAGUAAAACCUGCGCAUUCUGGAUGGAGGGGAGUCAAGACUCAGUCAAUAUCCUGGGCAGAAUUUGCAUUCCAUGUGUGAGAAGAUUUUUUUUUUUUUAGUGCUCUAGUAUUCAGCUGCUAAUUAGCUGGGCUGAUGUUUACAUUUGGGGAAAACAUCCUGCUGUCAUCUCAUUUCUCUCCUCAUUCCACAAAUAGCCCCACUCCCUUUUUCAGCUCCACAACUCCAAGCUGAGUUUCCAAAUUUUGAGCACUUUACCCUUCCUUGACUGAUUGCAGAGGAUUUGGUGCCAUGGUGCAGCAUCUAAGCUGGAAAUUUGCUUUAGUUUGGAGAGUUCCUCAAAAACGAAACCUACCUGCCUCUCAUGCAACAGCCUGUGAAAUCAGCAGCAAAGUAUCCCAAAGUCUCAGUUUUCAACUGGCAGGCCUUCUCCACUCCUCUUCAGUUCUUCACCAUAGUUUGGUUUCAGCUGGUCUUUUUUGAGAUCAGUAUAAAGACAAUGUGAGACUUUUAAAACAGGGAGAAAAGUAAAAACUCAGAUAAUUUUCUGGUCCUUUGUUUCCUUUUCAGUAUCCUUCCUGGAGGAGGGAGGGAAGCGUUUAAUGUCACAUAGGUGUAAACUGGAGUAACAUCUUUAAAAUCACUGCAUUUAAGCAAGUGUAAAAGCCAGUGCAGAUGAGAUGAGAACCAGAUCUAAGAGCUCCCCAAUGAACUUGUCUCAGGCAUGCCUCAGGCAACUUUGAGGCUCUAGCUCUCUGGAGGCUUGUGAUGAAAGGCAUGUGAAUGUGUGUAAUUGUUCUCUGAGCCCUGCCUAAACCCAAACUCAGAACUACUGUCAAGUCUGAAAUCCCAGAACAUUUGUUUCUUCUGUCAUCGAGGGAUUGAGGGACUUGCUUUGGUCAGAGGCAACAGCUUUCUUCUCUGUUAUGGUGAUCUGCAUGCUUGCUUACUGCAAGCUGCAGCUUUGCAUUUGGUCUUUAGGGGAACCUUUGUACAGAAAGACUCCAGAUACGCAGCCUGAUGCCAAGCCUGUAAAUCUAUCCCUGUGUGUAUAGAUAUUUUUAGCAUGUUCAUCCCUGAUGUGAGUGCCUAAAGUCAAGGUACAAGAGUCUGUUGUUUCAUUUUGCAUAGCGUUUUGCAUACAAACUGGAUCACAGAUCACCUCACUGUAGGACCACAUUGAUAACAGUCUGUUAGGGAGUCAAGAAGGGUGAUAGCCUUUGGUUUCCAAUCAGAUUCCAGUUUUCAGUGUUUCUAUCCUGCCUCCAUACCUUUCCCUGUGUUAUGGAGGAGAUGGUGACCAUCAGCUCCAUUUGUAUCAUGUUGGUAGGGUUGCAGAGAUGCUCAGAGGAGAUCCCUCUCCUGCCCCAGCAGUUCAUAAUGGGGGACAGUCCAUGUACGUGGACAGCCACACGUGGCCCUUCUCUGACCACCCCUCACUGGUGGCUCCUGUUGAGUUUGAUGGGUCUGUGCAGUUAAACUGCACAAGAUCAGUGUCUCUCUCUGUUCAUGGCACUUUGGGACCCGCAGGGUUAAACGCAAGUUGUUGUUAUGGUGAGUAAAGUAAAGCAUGGAGUUAAAAUGCAAGUUUGUUUAGCACUUAGCAUAAGGAGGCCUGGCUGUGGCCUUUAGGCAGUUUCACCAUAUAAGUGUUUCUUAGUCCAAUAAUCUUAAUGAAAUACGUUUUUAAUGCCCAGUUGCUAUUAAAAGGAUAAUCCCACCAAUCAGAUGUGAAUUGUUUCACCCACAGAACAUUUCCUUCUUGCACUUCAUUGCUAGGAGCUGCUUUGCUGCCUUCUUGUCUCUCCACUUUACUGAUUCAGAGAAGCAACAAGGUGCUGAUAAAGCAGUGCUCUGACUGGGCUCAGCAGCUGCUGAUCCAGUGUGAAGUUUUCAGACUUUAAAAACAAACAAGGGGGCUAUGCAGGCUUAUUAAAAAGCUAGCAAGUUCUCCUGAUUUGCUCUUCUGGCUUUUUAUGGCCUGAAGGUUUUCUGGAGGCUGUAGAGUACUCUCAUGUGUCUGGAGCAUCCAGGUGAUCUUGGGAGUGUCUCAGGGUGGCCGUCAUGAGGCUGAGAGCAACUUUCUGCUGUCUCUGACAAGGUGCACCUCACUGUAUGAUCUCAUUUUAGCUCCAGAAAUCUACUGGUUAAUAGUAUUUCCCUUUAGUCUGGUGAUACUUUUUAUACCUUUACCAUUUGCUUUUUCUCUGUAUAAUUUUUUGCACUAGGCUGAUCUUGUUAAGUCGAUUGCACUGUUGUCUCUCUCCUGCCAGCCUUGCAGACACAUCUUCUCUGGAAACCUGCAGACUGGGGAGCACUGUGGAGAGGUCUCUUGAGAGCACACCUUCACUGUCGGGCAGUGCUUGGGUUUCCAGCUCUGUAUAGGGAGGAUUUGAAGAAGAGAACUUUGUCUUAGCAUUUGUAACAGGAAGCUUUUCUAUCUCCUUAAUGUAGUUAAACUUCUUUUUAACAAAGCUGUCAAAGCUGGACUUCUCAGGGCAGUGUGCCAGGCAACAGAGCAGAUGCAGGAGACAAAGUGAUUCCUGAAAAACCAUUUUCGACCUAUUCAGACUUCACUGUAGUCCCAUCUACCAAACUUUUGAUCGCACUGACACCUGGUGGCUGCUGGGAAUUGGAGACGAAAAAUUUUAAAGAAAGGACUUUUUUACCCACCUCUGAGCUCUGUUUAUCUGUUUCCUGUGACCUGCCUAGAAUAGCCACUUGCUUUAUUUGCGGGGGGAGGGGGGGGGGGGGCUGUGAACAGAGGGGCUCCCACCAAGCACAUAAGGGAUAGAUGGUGUGAGGGUGUGUCCCCCCCACAAAGUAAUGGGAUGGGACAUUCCCUGGAGUGGUCUGGAGGCCCUGGGUAGCAAUACAGGGUCUCGGCUCCAUCUCCCCCCCUUUCUCCUCCACUUGCCCCCUUUCUUCCUGGGGUGCUUGGUCAGAAAGCAGAGGCUCUGGCUUGAAACAGAGGAGGUUCUUCAGAGAGAGCAUCAGAUGCGAAGAGAUCUUGCACCCUGGGGAAUGCUGGCGAUGGCAUCAGCUGGAUGCAUGGCCAAGACCAGAGUGGCUCUCUAUCUCUGUGGGAUGGUGACCAGAUGUGGUCUGGGAUGGCCAAGCUGCAGGUUACUCCCAGGUGUUGUACAGAUGUCUAGAAGAGCAUCUAUAAUGUAGAGUCCAACACAUGAUCGAAGCUGGCAUCCUGCAGACAGCCUUGUGGUAUGUGGGGUGUAGAGGAACAAUGAGAAGUGACCCAGUUACUGUGCUGUGGAGUGUGUAAUGCAAGUUGAGAACACAGUUCAAGAUACCACCGUAAGGAUCCCUCUGGCAAAGGAUGCAGUAUGAAAUGGAGCUACUUUAUGGAUUAUUACAGGAUGACCUUGAAGCACAGCAGCAGGAUCCCACAGCAGCUGGUGCUCUCGGCAGCUUGUCUGUUCCUGUCCAUCUUCACAGCCACGCAGGAGCACAUCUGUGCUUCACAGAGGGUUUGGGACAGCUUGGUCAGAGACACCAGCCACCUUCAUCUGUGCUGGCUCACAAAAGUGUUGUGGGUUUGUCUCGGCUGACAGCCAAGCUCCCAGCUGAUCUUCUCAACACCCUUGUUCCUGCUGGACCUAAACUGUUUGCAAGCUCUGGCCACUGCUCGGCAUCGCUGCUGGAGAACACUUAGAAGCACUUGUGUCUGGCCCUGGGAGCAACAGGGUUGUGGUUUUGUUUUCUUUGCAAUAAAAUGCACCUCCUGGGUGUCUGA